AUGUCACAACCAAAACGAUCCAGGCAACAGCUGUUCGGCCAGAGUGCCAGAGGAACAACCAAAACUGAUGUGUCCGUACAUUUCGACACAGUCGUUAAAGAAGCCAGUCACAACUGGGACGGUUUGGCAAAGGAACUCGGCUUCAACCGGAACGAAAUAAGAAACAUAAAAAGCGACGUACCUGACCAAGAUCGCAGGUGCAGGGAGGUACUCUGGAAGUGGAAAAACAAGUACGGAAGAGAAGCUACUUUACAAGUUUUGCAGGAGGCCCUCGUCAACAUAGAGGAGGGAGACACAGCUCAAGCGUUGGAAGAAGGUGCCGGACCAAGCAACGCAGUCCAGGAAGAAGGGCCCAGAGGAGGAUCGACAUUAGAUGACCCGAAACCACAUCACCAGGACAGCGCUGGACCUGGGGCUGGAGGAAACUGGGAAGCUUCAGCUGACGAGGACGACGGCAAAAUCAACGUGAUGGUUAAAACAUGCGAUGAGGAAUUCUGGGACAAAAUCAUGAAUGAGAAAGACCCUUACAGAAUGGACAGCAAGCCACGCGGUUACGCCUUGAUUCUCAACAAUAAGAACUUCACAAGUCUGCCUUAUCGAGGAGGUUCUGCCGUCGAUCUGAGCAACAUCACAUCUCUCUUUCAGGGGCUGUCAUUUGAAACACACGUCCUGGAAGACAAGAAAGCUCAGGAAAUAAAAGGUGAAGUCCUCGCAUUUUCUCAGCGAAAAGAACACAGACAGAAGGACUGCUGUGUCGUGGUGCUGAUGUCACAUGGAGAGGAAGGCGUCAUCUUCGGAAGCGACGACGUGCCCGUGCAGCUGGACGACAUCUUCAGCAUGUUUGACAACAAGAACUGCCCUCGUCUGAAGGGGAAACCAAAGCUGUUCUUUAUUCAAGCUUGUCGUGGACUAAAGGUUGACAAAGGUGUGCCUGUAGACGAAGCGGACGGCCCAGGACCUGACGUUAAGGUCAACCUUAAGAGCGAGAUGAGAAGCUUCCUACAUCUCCCGGAGGAUGAGAGUGAUGGGCCAGAGGUUCAGCCGACCAGAACUGAAAUGCUCUGUGGAUACGCCACACAACUAGGGUAUAAGUCCUUCCGGAACAUUGAGAAUGGCAGCUGGUUCAUCCAGGCCAUCACCAAGGUCUUCAUGGAGCACGCCAAGGACAAGAGUGUGACCGAGAUGAUGCCAAAAGUGAUCAAUGACGUGUCCAAACGAACCGCAUCGUGCCCAGGUUAUCCACACCACGGAGGCAAGGAAGAGGCGGAGUUUCUGUACAAGCUGCACAAGCCUCUCUACUUCUUUCCUGGUGUGGAGUAGAUGGCAGCAACAAAGAUUUUACGACGUUUUAUAAAGAACUUGAAUUCUAUAUUUUGAUUUUAGAUUAGAGGAGCGAUUUUAAGCAAAAAAUGUGAUAUAACCUCAUGAAGUAUGCCAAAAUUAGUGCCUGAGUGAACAUAGACCACUCUUUGAAAAGCAUUAGCAUGAACAGUGCUUGAUAUAGAUUGAUUUCCAAGACUACCGUGCCUUAUGGUGAUGAGAUUUUUAAAUCCAUGGCCAUGGCUUUCCGUUACUACCUACCCGUGGAACCUGGUAGAGACUCAUUCGGUAGCGAUAUGGCUGUCAAACAGGUUCAUCAAAAUCCCAAACUAUGAGACUACCAAAGCCCAGAAGAAAUGCUCAAAAGAAAAGUU